GCGCCACAAGGGAUUGCUUAAUCGGAUUUCGGUUUGGUUAUAUUCGAAUUCGGUUAUUUUUUUAAAAAAAGAUUACUAAAAUCUACAGAAUACGGAGCCGCCAUAGAUCUGUGGAGCGUCGGUUGCAUUCUUGCUGAACUAUUCGCCGGAAAACCUAUCAUGCCGGGAAGGACAGAGGGAAGAUAUUUGUUGUAGGUUAACAAUGUUUUGUCCUGGUGGAUUGUUUCAACUCAUGUAUCGUUCAAACCCUUUCCCAGGUGGAGCAAACGCACAAGAUCUUUGGACUCUGUGGUUCCACCGUCUGAACACUGCUGGCAAAAGGCAAAAGUUUCCACUUGCAAACAAGUUUCAAACCGCAACAUCCUUAUUAUAAGCGCAUCCUUGUAGAGACGUUCAAGAAUUUCCCGUCUUCUGCCUUAGCUCUCUUUGACAAGCUCCUAGACUCGGGGCUGGGCUUCUUCAGAGCUAACGAGCUUUGUCUUUUUUCAUGACAUCUAGUGCUUUCUUGGUUUGCCCCCUGUCUUGUUGCUUCAUAUAUUGCUUAGUCUUCUCAUCUAUUUCUCUGCAGUUUUUCACUAUGGAGCCACCCCUUGUGAUAUAUCAAGUUUGCCGAGGUAUCCCUCAAGCAAGGAACUCGAUGGCAAGGCCCGGGAAAAAGAAGCUGGAGUUCCAGAAACACCGCGUUGUGGAGCUAAAGGCUACAAGACCCAGCAACGUGCCUGUUGCACUGGGAGACUUGUCUUCUGGUUCUUUACACAAGAAUGGUGUAGCCUAUGAAGAAUCCACAACGAAUGCACUGCUCGGGUCCCUUAAUGCCUCCUCGUGGGAGUAUUGUGAUAAGUGUCCCACAUCGGAACAAGAGAAGUCUGCAACAAAGAACAACAAAGAUGCUGCAGACAAGGUGUAUUUACAAUGGCAGAUAGCUGGUGUUCUUUCAGAACUCGCUCUACCCAUGAUGUCUAGAUGUUUCUUUUUUCUUGGGUUUGGGGAUGCAAGUAAACGUGUAUAUGUAGAAAAUGUUGUUAAGUUCUGCAAGUCAAUCUUGUAGGCAAACUUUUCAGUCAUU